CCGCAGCGUGCGCGGGGAACUCUGGGCUGCGCUCGCUCGGGUGCGCUCCUGGGCGCUCGCCACCGCCGCGCCGCGCCUUUGAGUCAGCAAACUCAGCGCUCCGCCGGGCCCUGGCCGCGCUGCCGCGAGGACGGCCGAUAAGCUACAACUCUGCAUUAAAGAAACAGAAAGAGAGAAGAAAAGAAAAAGGCAAUGAAGAACUGUCUGUGACGAUUGAAUUCAUCCUAUGCUGAAGAUGUUUCCAGAACAACAGAAGGAGGAAUUCGUAAGUGUUUGGGUCCGAGAUCCAAGGAUUCAGAAGGAAGACUUUUGGCAUUCUUAUAUUGACUAUGAGAUAUGUAUUCACACAAAUAGCAUGUGUUUUACAAUGAAGACAUCUUGUGUACGAAGAAGGUACAGAGAAUUUGUAUGGUUGAGGCAGAGACUGCAAAGCAAUGCACUGCUGGUACAAGUGCCAGAACUUCCAUCUAAAAAUCUGUUUUUCAACAUGAACAAUCGCCAGCAUGUUGAUCAGCGUCGUCAGGGUUUGGAAGAUUUCCUCAGAAAAGUCCUGCAGAAUGCACUUUUGCUCUCUGAUAGCAGCCUGCACCUCUUCCUGCAGAGCCAUCUGAACUCCGAGGACAUUGAGGCAUGCGUUUCUGGGCAGACCAAGUACUCGGUGGAGGAAGCAAUUCACAAGUUUGCCUUGAUGAACAGACGUUUUCCUGAAGAAGACGAAGAAGGGAAAAAAGACAACGAUGUAGAUUAUGAUUCAGAGAGUUCAUCCUCUGGGCUUGGACUCAGCAGUGAUGACAGCAGUUCACAUGGAUGUAAAACAAGUGCAGCUCUGCAGGAGUCUUGAAAAGGAAGUCUAGUGCUACCACCUUAGGAAAAGCAAAUUGUGUCCAGCCAGGGAGAAGAAAGCUUGCUCAAUAUAUUCUUACCUAAUGCUCACUGUCUCAUUCUUAGGUAGUUAAACUCUUAAAGGCAGUGGGUUGUUUAUUAGUGGUAUGUAUUUUUAUGUUGUCUAAUCUUAGCCAAGCCUCUGUAUAAAGCUAUAGAGUCCAUGAAUGCUAUACCAUCCUUUAUUGCCAGGUAUUACUAGUAAACACGAUCCUACUAAAAUGAAAUGAUUUAUAUGUUAUAUAUAUAAGAAGAAAAUCCAGUUGGUCCUACUGCAUUUUAAAGAGCCAGGUGUAUUGGUAGCACUUAAAUCCAGACAGAGCACUCCUGAGAAUUAGUGGGGCAGUUGCCAUAAACACGACGUGUCCAUGCUACCCACUGUGCUGUGGUGCAGAGUGACAGCAAGCGGAUGGCCUCUCUGACAUGUGGCUUCUGUUCUGAGAAUAUCUCAACACUGGCAAAUACUUAGGUUUGGGGUGUUUGAUUGAAAUAUUUCAGAGUAUUUAAAUUUUUCAGUAUUCUCCUUCACAUAUAAAUGGAAAAUAUGUCUUAUGAAUAGAGACGUAUUGAAAUAAUGUUUACAUCUUAGGAAUAAAGACAGAAAUAGUGCUAGUAAUUUUGCUUAAAUUUUCAGUAUGUAGAUUUAGACGUACAUUUUAUUGUUCAAAUCAGCUCAGACAUGGUUUCUGGCAACAGUUCAUCCUCAUUGUCUAAUUAGAAUGGCAUGUUAGUGAUUUAUUUUCUGAGCAAAUGUGUAAUUUUUUUUUCACCAGGUAAUCUUCAUUAUCAGUGGUGGCUCCUCACUACUUAUUUUUAAAAAUUAAUACAUUUAAUUUUACCCAUAAAUAUUCCAAGAAUUUUGGAACAGAUGCCAACUCAAUAAUUUCAGAAUUCAUUAUUUGUUAUUCAUUCUUUUAGAAGCCCCCUUUCUAUGUAUCUACCUGAAGAUUGACUUAAUUUUAAUAAAAUAUCUUUUUCUUAGUGGCCCAAAAAUAAGAUGUCUUGGAAAAACUCCUUUGAACCUCCAGUUUCAGAUGAGGCAUCAUUUUUCUGAGCUAAUUCACCAAGUUUCUUCCUGGUGGAAUAGGGUGAAGUUUCUCUGCAAGGCUAGCUGGAAGGUAUUUCACAAAACUGGGAUAACUUGUUGCUUUAAUAGAACAGGACUCACAGUCACUGGCAGCAAAGGCUGCUGCAAAAAGCAGCCACUUUAUUUUAAUUGGGAGUUUGAAAGUUAUUCUAUUAAUAAAAAGCUAUUGAAGUAUACUUUGAAAUGCUUAUUUCAAAAGCUGGCCAAAAAGAAACAGAAAAAUUAAAUUAAGGAUAAUAAUGGUUUCUUUAAUUUCUCCUUGUUUUAGUUUGGUCCAAAACAUUAUUAAACUUUUGUAAGUAUUUUGAUUUAAUGUUCUUAGAUCCUGUUACUUUACUUUAUAAUAUUCGUUAUCUUAAUACAGGAAGCAAAAGAAAAAGAUUUAGCAAUUCCUUAUUACCUUGCUGACAUGUGAAGUUUGCCAUCUGUGCCUUGCAGAGCAAUCCCAGUCCCUCAGCAGUGUAUAUGAAUGCAAAAUAUUUCUGUUUCAGCCCUUUUGAAAAGCAUAUACUGUACCAUCAAUUGUCAUGUUAUUUUUGAUGAUGUUAACAUAGCCCAAAAAAUUAAUAUUAAGUAAUGCUUAUUAUUUGCUAUGUAAACUUCAUGAGAUCAUUGUUUUCACAUUAAACAUGAAAAAAACCCA